AUGGCGCAGCAAGCGACCAUCCUAAUUUCGCCGAUUCCCCUUCGAUUAACCUCGAUUCAUCCGGCGCAAUUCGCCUCGCCCAAAUCCCGGACCUCCUCUAUUUCCAGAUCCCAAUCGAGAACCCUCCGAAUUCGAGCCGUGCAAGACGUCGGCGGCGGAGGAGGAGGCCCGCCGCGGAGGCUUGUCGACAUCAUAAGGCUGGUCCCGGACCUGACCCGGGGCUACUUCCGGAGCCCAUCCCGCCGGGCCCUAUUCGGAGGGAUAUCGCUGCUGGGAGGGUUCUACGUGGCGCAGACGAUCUCGCUGUCGUUCGGGGCGCUGGGAGUGAACGACGUCAUAGCGGCGGUGGUGUGCGUGGUGCUGACGGAGUACGUGACGCGGUUCUACUACAGUCGGCCCAAGGUAACUUUCCCGCUCGCUCUGCUCAACAAUUUCAAGAUGGGUUUCACCUACGGGCUCUUCAUCGAUGCUUUCAAGCUCGCCAGUUGA